AAUGUUCAUCGAAUCUUGAUCAUUGACCUCGUGACCCAAGUUACAACCCAGGAAACCGGGAAUGAAAUUUAAACCAAUCAAAGUGAAGAAUGAUCGGCAUUGAACCAAUCAAAGCAUCCAGUCAUUCGGCAUUGUUUGGUGAAUGCUCACUAAGGCAUGAAAGACAUAUUUGGUUGGCGCCAUUUUGUAUAUUUUGUAGUGGAUGUAGUUCACUGAUUUCAGCUGGAAUUUUGUUAUAUUUCUCCAUUAUGGCUGUGGAAGGUGGUUACCUAACUGAACUUCUAACCGAAAAGGACAACUUAGAUCCAUCCUUCGUACAUUCAAUGCGCUUGUUAACCGAAGAAAUCAAUAAAGUACAAACUGGGGGAGCACUACCAGCAGUGCAAGCAUUAAAAAAACCCAAAAUUGAGAAAACAACCAAUGGAAAUACUUUAUCACCUGUGUCAGAGAAUGUACCUCCCAGCAGCCAAGUACCUGCAGCUGAAAGCCCAGAGGUGCCAGUGGCUACCAGACCUCCCCCUCAGACGCAUCACUUCCGUAGACCUGCAGAUGUCUUUGACAGUAAGCUUUAUCAGCCCACUAAAUUGAUGGAAAAGGUCUUUAUUCCAGUAAAAGAAUACCCCAAGUUUAACUUUGUUGGAAAGUUGCUUGGUCCAAGAGGUAACACCUUUAAGCGUCUUCAAGCUAGUACUGGCACCAAGAUGUCAAUUCUGGGCAAAGGUUCUAUGAGAGAUAAGGAAAAGGAGGAAGAGCUGAGAAGUUCUGGUGAUGCAAAAUAUGCACACCUUGAUGAAGAUCUCCAUGUGCUUAUUGAAGUUGAAGCCCCCCCAGGCCAAGCUCAUGCCAGAUUAGGCCUAGCUAUUGAGGAGAUCAAGAAAUUUUUGGUACCUGAAAAUAAUGAUGAAAUCCAUCAGGAACAGAUGAGAGAAAUGGCAAUACUUAAUGGCAUGGAGGAACCAGUUCCUGCUGCUGCUCCAGUUGCAGUUCCUGCACCUGUUCCUAGGGGACGUCCUCACCCUAGAGGAGUUCCACAUCACUUACACCACCCAGCUCAUCAUGGACGAGGAACCCCAGUUCCACGCACAACUGCCAUUGCAAGACCUAGAGGACCCACUGUAGGACAUGUGACUGUAUCUGCAGCAGCACGCUCUGCAGCUGGACUAGGUCCGUCAUCACCAACCGUAGCUCAUGCUGCACCAAGAGCAGCCGCAGUCCCAGGGGAUCCAUAUGGAGCAGUGCACACACUUCCUGCAUCGGUUGGGGUACAACUGCUGACUACUGGAGAACAAGUGAUUGUAAGUGCUCAUAAGUAAAGGAGCCUCCAUUAAAAAAAUGUGAUAAUUGGUUAAAUCAACACAGCUAUUACUGUAGUUUCAGUGUGAAAUGUAGUGUGAUUGUUUGGUUGAGGGGAGUUCUGUAAAGGGCCCUAUGGGUACUCCAU